AUGGGAAUGUAUGGCCAACAACAUCCAUAUAAUACCACUUCUUACUCAGAACAUCAUCACCAAACAUCAUCCGGCGGGAAUACCAAUUAUUGUCCGGAUACAAUACCUGGAGCAUACCAUCCUCAUCAACAAACCACAAACUUGUAUCAUCAUACCAAUUAUGAUCAUCAUGAAAAUUAUCACCAUUUAUAUUCAGGACAUCAUCAUCAAACUCAUUUAGAUAAUGAAAUGGUAGCGGCUACAGUAGCUACAGGUGUACCGUCAACAUCACCUAGUGAUUUAGGAUUACAUUUUUAUCCAGAAAAUCAUCCACCGAUUAUUAAUACCGACAAUGGUUUAAGUUACACAAAUUUAGAUUAUGGUUCACCUAAUAGUUAUGGUAGCUAUUCGAAUCAUGGAAAUGAUGAAUCGAAUAAUGAAUCACCUUCAUUUAGUCACCAUCUUCAAGAUGGCAAUAUUUUAGAAUCAGUAAAUUAUCCACAUAUUGUAAUGCAUUGUUCAUCUACGAAUAAUGCAUCAUCGCCAAAUUCAACAAAUUGUAUGGAAUAUAAUCCACAUCGUCAUUAUAAAGAGGAAACACUCACUGGGAAUCAACACUACACGGAUAACACGCAAUCGACGGGUGGUAAUCCAGGUCAUUUAUUAGCACAUCCUUCAGCAUACCAUUUACAUGGGAAUGUUCAUUCCAUUCAUCAUACGACGGCAAAUUCCUUAGGUCAUCAUCAUCAGCAUCAACAAAUAAGUGGUAAUCCAAAUGUGACAACUUCGUCACAAUCUUCUUCCUCGACAUCACCAGCAGUUCCUACAUAUAAAUGGAUGCAAGUAAAACGAAAUGUUCCUAAACCCGUGGCACCAAAAAUUCCACCACCGUCAAUGAAUGACUACUCAAACAUCCCACCAAGUGCAUGUUUAGGUAACUUAAAUCCAAACAAUGGUCUAUUAGAUCCAUCAACAAUAGGUGGUCAUCGAACAUCUUCAUGUCUAGGUGCUCUAGCUGGUAAUGGAACAAGUGCAACAUCAUCUUUACUAAACACAACAAAUAUGUUAAAUUUAAAUGCAUUAAAUAAUACAGGACGAACAAAUUUCACAAAUAAACAAUUAACAGAAUUAGAAAAAGAAUUUCAUUUUAAUAAAUAUUUAACUCGUGCACGACGUAUUGAAAUUGCAUCAGCACUACAAUUAAAUGAAACCCAAGUGAAAAUAUGGUUUCAGAAUCGUCGUAUGAAACAAAAGAAACGUAUGAAAGAAGGUUUAAUACCGAAUGAUAUUACAACAACAAAUCUAUGUGGUGAUAAUAAUCGUUCACCGAUUAAUAAUAAUUUAGGACAAAAUAAUUCUGAUUCUGGUUUACAAUUAUCAAUUACUGCAGGUGGAAGUAGUGAAAAUAGUCGUGAGUCAAAUUGA